AUGACCACCAGCGAUGAGAUGGGCAUGGGUGGCACCUUCUGCCACGACCACAUCCAGCACCCCCUGAUGUGGUGCGACGAGAAGAAGCGUCUUGUGGAACGCAAGAACGCGGAGGAGAGUCUGCGGAUGUGGCGGCGCAGGAAGGCGGAGGAGUGUGCGCGCAAAGAGAAGGACAAGCAGGAGUACUACGAUCUGUUCCACCAACACUGUCCUUGGGGAAGACCCGGUGGUGGAGCUCCCAACGUGGAGGUGCGUCGCAAGGACAUCACAGCCGUCGGGCUCCACUCCACGCCCACUGUGACCACCGCCCACCGGAUGAAUCUCCUGCAGCCGUGCCGCUACAACGACUUCUUCUCGAUGCAGAAGAAGUGCCACAACAACCCGCUGGCCGCCUACCACCACCACCACCACCACGCGCCGCCCGCCCCGCCCCCGGGUGGGCGGCUGGGUCACGCCCACUCCAUCCACCACCUGCAGGAGAGCGGCCCCAGGAGCAGCACGGUGACCAUCUGCGAGCGGGAGAUCCCCAGCAAGCCCGGGGCGGGCGUGGGCGUGAACGUGGCCAAGAACGCCAACGGCCACGUGGACAUUGAGCUGCGGUACAAGCCCUCGCCGCCCUGCAAGGGCAAGCCGCUCCUCGACAAGAUCGUGGUCAGCGAGAGCGAGCAGCGGUGUCCGCUGCAGGAGAAGCUCGCCACGCAGAAGAAGCGCCUGCAGGCCAAGCUGGAAAAGCCGCCCUGCAAGGAGCCGUGGGGCAAGGCGGGUCCGGGCGGAAAGCCCUGGCGGAGUCCCAAGGAAGUGGGCAACACCUUCAUGAAGUCACUGGGCUGGACCAACAAGGAGAUGCUGAAGGAGUUGGACCAGGACAACCCGGUGACUCCGGCGGAGAAGAACACCUUCCGCAAGUCGCGGCCAGGAAAGAACCCGAAGCCGCAGCGCUGCUGCGAGAUGUGCACCUGCAACUGUCCCGCCAUGAACAACAGUCCGCCGAAGCCGUCGCCGCUGUCGCAGCCCAUUCCGCCCGGGAAGAAGUGUCCAGGUCCUGCUCCGCCGGGACCGCCGCCCGGGAAGAUCCUGCACCAGCUGAGGCCGCAGGACUGCGGGGGGAAGCCCGUGAAGCUCUGCCCCCGGAUGGCCGCGAGGGGUCCGUGUCCCGGGAGCACCAGCACCGCCACCCCGGAGGCCAGCACCACCGGGGGGAACGGGGCCGGCUACGGCGAGGGCGGCGGGGUGGAGCUGGUGCCGCUGCUGGCCAGGAGGCGCGGCAUGCACCGACCCAUCAGCCUGUCCAGCACGGACGUGACCAAGAGGACGCCGUCGCACGAUAGGUACGCAUCCAAGCACAAGCAUCCACCAAAGAACUGUCUGCAGACCUCCACCAAGAUCAAGUGCAUCAACAGCAUCAUCAAGAACAUCAGCCACAUGAAGCGGCUGCCCAAGAAUCUGAGCUGCAAGCUGCAGUGCUGCAGCUGCGAUUGCCCCACGGCCUUGGCCACGGGCUGCUGCCUCAAGCGGCUCACCCUGCACAUUCGCCAGGCCUGA